UCCUUCUACUGGUGCUAAAGAUUUGAAUUUCUAAUUAAUCAAAUUAAGAAUUAAGUAAAUGAGGAAGACGAAGACGAAGCUUUGUUGAUAUCAAUGGCGACUUAUAGAUCUCUAAGAAAGCUAGCUGAAAUCAGUCACCGGAAUACAAGACCAUUCUACACCGCCGCCACCGCUGCAUCACCUUCCGGUGGAACCGUCUCCCUGAUCCCACCGCAGUUUUCGCCGUUGUUUCCACAUUUCUCGCACCGUUUGUCUCCGAUUUCGAAAUGGUUCGUUCCUCUUCAUGGACCUCUCUUCUUAUCUUCUCCUCCUUGGAAACUGCUUCAGUCGGCGACACCUCUGCAUUGGCGCGGGAACGGCGCUGUUUUGAAGAAGGUUGAAGCUCUUAAUCUUAGAUUGGAUCGAAUUAGAAGAAGAACUAGGUUUCCAAGACAAUUAGGGUUACAAUCAGUGGUACCAACGGUAGAUAGCAACGAUUCAAAGGAGGAGGAUGGUGGGUUAAUCAAGAGUUUUGUUAAUGUGCCGAAUUUGAUAUCAAUGGCGAGAUUAGUAUCUGGUCCUGCACUUUGGUGGAUGAUUUCGAAUGAGAUGUAUAGUUCUGCUUUCGUAGGAUUGGCUGUUUCUGGAGCUAGUGAUUGGUUAGAUGGUUACAUGGCUAGGAGGAUGAAGAUUAAUUCUGUUGUUGGCUCGUACCUUGAUCCUCUUGCAGACAAGGUUCUUAUUGGGUGUGUUGCAGUAGCAAUGGUGCAGAAGGAUCUCUUACAUCCUGGACUGGUUGGUAUUGUGGUGUUACGGGAUGUUGCACUCGUCGGUGGUGCAAUUUACCUAAGGGCACUAAAUUUGGACUGGAAGUGGAAGAGUUGGAGUGAUUUCUUCAACCUCGAUGGUUCAAGCCCUCAGAAAGUAGAACCAUUGUUUAUAAGCAAGGUGAAUACAGUUUUCCAGUUGGCUUUAGUCGCUGGUGCAUUACUUCAGCCUGAGUUUGGGAAUCCAGAAACCCAGACAUGGAUCACUUAUCUAAGUUGGUUAGUUGCUUCGACGACUAUGGCUUCAACCGCAGGUUAUGGGGUACAAUACUGGAAGAAGAGACCUAUAUCUAUGAUUAAGAGAUCAUAGGUUCAACGUACACACCAACCACAUACUGAAAGAAGCUUGACCAUGUCUUUGUGUUUCCCUAAUACGCAGCUUAUGGGGUACAAUACUGGAAGAAGAGAACUAUCUCUAUCAUUAGGAGAUCAUAGUUUUCCGACGUUUAUAAACUCACAUGCCGGCCAGGCGGCCACAUACUGAAAGAAGCUUGAACAUUUCUUGUUGUUUCCCGCAUGCGCUGCUCACUGUUUACAAGAGUUGAACAAAAAUGUUUCUGCUAACUUAAAUAUAGAAAACGAGAGUAGUAGUUGUUUAGAAGAGUUGAACAAAACAAAAAAGUGGUUUACAAGAAGCCUGUGAACCUAAUGGGAAACGAUGUCUUGACUUGUUCUUGUAAAAAAAAAAGGGUUUCCGUUUGUUUUUUUCUCGAA